GUCAUUUUUUUCAUAGCCCCUGGUAACACUUACACUACAAACUUCAAUCAAUACACUUCUCCUCAAGCCAUCCAAACAGUCAAAACCCGUGCCAUGUGAUUUCAAAAUUUUCAUCAUUUCCAAAUUUUUAGUGCAAUAUUUCAAUAUGGUUCUGUAAUCGUAUCUUCUAAAAUCAUCACCAAACCAAUCAUCAAUCAAAACAAUAUUUUUCAAAAUUCUAGUAUUUUGGAGUCAAACAAAAAUAAACUAAGUUAAUAUUUAUCAAAAAUGGCUGCGCCGCCUAAACCUCCUGCAGUAAGCUCAUUCAACCUCAUACCGAAGAUCGUCAACGGCGGUAUCGCUGGUAUUGUGGGCGUUUCCGUCGUAUUCCCUCUGGAUUUAGUAAAGACACGAUUGCAGAACCAAACUAUCGGUCCAAAUGGCGAGAAACAGUACAAAAAUAUGUUCGAUUGCUUCAAACAAACCUACCGCGCCGAAGGAUAUUUUGGCAUGUACAGAGGAUCAGCUGUUAACAUCUUACUCAUCACUCCGGAGAAAGCUAUCAAAUUGGCUGCUAACGAUAUGUUCCGGUACUACCUUUCCCUAGCAGAUGGAUCUCUACCCAUGCAUCGUCAAAUGAUGGCUGGUGGGUCGGCUGGAGCUUGUCAGAUUAUUAUUACGACGCCUAUGGAGCUGCUAAAGAUUCAGAUGCAGGACGCUGGCAGAGUUGCGGCGCAGGCUAAAACCGAGGGUAGAAUAAUACCGCGCAUUACGGCAAUGCAAAUCACCAAGAAACUCCUCGCCGAAAGAGGUAUCACCGGGCUGUACAAGGGCAUCACGGCGACUGCGGCCCGGGACGUCUCCUUUAGUAUCGUCUACUUCCCACUGUUCGCGACGCUCAAUAAACUGGGAAUUCGAAACGAGAAAGACAUCAACCCGCCCUUCUGGUGGUCGUUCAUCUCGGGCUGCUCCGCCGGCUCAUUUGGCGCGCUUUGUGUCACCCCCUUGGACGUCAUCAAGACGCGCAUGCAGACGCUCACCAAAGGCAAGGGCGAGAGGCAAUACUCCUCCGCGUAUGAUUGCGCCAGGUCGACUCUGAUUCACGAAGGUCCGACGGCGUUCUUCAAGGGCGGCUUUUGCCGGAUGAUCGUGAUCGCUCCACUGUUCGGCGUCGCGCAGGCUGUGUACUACCUCGGUAUUGCUGAGCGCCUGCUGGGCUACCCACUCGUCAGAUCGGUUUGAACGAUGUCUGUUUAGGUACCUUUUAUUUUAUAAGCAUAUUAAUUUGACGUUAGGCAGUUCAAGAAUACUUUAUAUUGUUAUAGGAACUUUUUAGGUAUUUAUUUAUAGGUAGAGACAAUCGCAAUGAACUUAUUUAUUAUACGAAUACGACCCAUAUCAAUGUUUUGUGCAGAAAAUAUGCAACUAAAAACAACUAUAUGUAAAGCAUUAGAAAAAAUUGAAUAAUUUAUGCAAAAACACGUCACAAAGUAAAGAAUGUACUCACUAAAAAACUGUCGGUUUUGAGUGAGUCUCUUUAGUAUAACUCCACCAAAAAUGUCUCACUCUUUAAAAAAAAUAUACUAUACCUAGUUACGUUGGACUUUUACUUCCAGCAUACAUUUUCACUAUUUAUUUUGUGCCGUGUUUCAUUAAGAUGGCAGCGCUUUUUUGACAUACCCGUAGAAAGAUAGAGUUAGAAAGCUGAACAUAUUAAAUUAAGUAUUAUCCAUAAUAAUAUCUAGAUUUUAUUAAACUGGACAAAAUUGAUCGUCGCUGUACCUAAAAGUAUUCAAUGCAAUCCCGUAAUCACUUAAAAUUUUACUUUUUUUAUAAAAAGCUAAUUAUUCUAUCUAUCUAUAUUUAUUUUUUACAAGCUAUUACUUAUUUUCGAAACCUUUACUGUAACUUUAAUUGUUAAGCUUGGAAACGUUUUGCAUUAUUUCAAAUUAAAGAAGAAUUGUCUUUUCAUUGUUUUGUCAAGUAGGUAAUACUCUUUCAUAUACUGUACUGUUUCUUGCCGCUGUUACGUUUCUCUAUUCCAUAGACCUCCGCAAGUUCUUCUGCAUCUUUUCCAAGAACUAAUAAUUAAAUUCUGUAUCGAAUAUUUCUUUUAUACUUAUCACUUAUUUGAUCAACAGAAUGACUACAUGCAAAUGAUGUAACAGCUAAUCCAACUUAAAUAUGAAUAAUGUAAACAGUGCUAAUGAAUCUGAAAGAAAUUUACGAUCAUGUUACCCACUAACAAUUACGAAGAUCUAUACCUUAUUAGUUAUUGUCAAUUAUCGAUGACGUAAUGAACUGUUCCUUGUUAAUAUUUUUGUGGAUUAGGCCGUUUGGAGAAAUAAUGUUUGUAGAUAUGUACCGGCUUUUAGAAAGUUGUGAAAAGACACUUUCCGACAUCUAGUAAGGUUACCAUCAAAUAUCUAUUUUGAGGAAAAGCCAAGAUAUUUUCAUUUUACAAUUUCUUUGUAAUGCCAAUACUAUUAAAAGUGUUUUUAUACCUAGAAUGACCCUCGGUCAGUGUUUAAGACAAUAAGUGUGUAGUAUCAAGUUUUAUAAAACAUUUUUGAUGUAUUGUCAAUUAAAUAAUAUAAUUUUUAUAGUAAGAGUAUUUGCAAACGUUUUAUAUUAAUUUAUUGAUUUUAUUGAUUAACAAAGUUUGUCGAAAACUUGUUAUCACAUGGCACUUCAGAAAUAUGAAACAUGCUUUCGAUCAAACUAGCAAGUCAUUAUAUAUUAAAUUUUAUAAAAUAAUUGGAAACAUCGUAAAAGUUGCACUGUAAAAUUAAAAAAAGUUUACUUUUA